CUCCUCCAAUUCAUCAUUCAUGUAUCCUUCUCACAAUAGGUACACAUAUUAGCAAGGAUAUCACUAAAAGACUGAGUGUUAAUUAUACAAUUGGUGGUGGAUAUCUUUUUCACAUCAAAUUCAAAUAAUAAAUUAGAUAAUAAAUCGAGCUUAACUAGAAGCUCAUUCAUGGCUGUGCAAAGCCAACCUAGCACCAGCACUAGCAGAAGCGCCCCUGUAAUCAACUCAUCAUCAUCAACUUCGCCUUCAACCACUAGCAUACAACCUUCACCUGAGACGACAACCACCAUCAACGCCCUUCACUAUUCGUUUCUCUUCGACAAUGACAUUGAUGGCUUGUUAAGUACACUCGACAAUGAUUUCGACUUCUCUAAUCUUGUUGUAGAGUCAGACAACAACACCAUCCUUCAUAUAGCAGCGAGUGCCGGGCUUGUCGAUGUCGUCAAUUCAAUCAUCGAACGAAGUCCAAACCUUCUUAUCCGUCCGAAUUAUAAUGGUGAUCUUCCUAUUCAUGUUGCUGCUAAGGCUUGUCAGUUUGCUGCUGUUGUAGGGUUAGUUUCUUCUGACAAUUCCAUGUUGGAGAGCGUAAACAACGAUAACAACACUGCCCUCCAUAUUGCGUUACAGAAUCAACAAGAGAAAAUGGCAAACUACUUGUUUGAGAAAGGCCCAAAAUCAACAUUCUACCAGUUGAAUGUGCAAGGGUUUUCUCCACUUUAUCUGGCUAUUAAAGCAGAGUUCUGGGAUCUUGUCAAAGUCAUGCUUUCUGAUGAUUCAGUUACUAAGACGGAGGUUGUACAACAAUUAUCAGCUACUUCUGCAAAAUCAAUUGUUCAUGCUGCUGUUAUCGCCAAAAAUAAAGAAAUAUUUGAAAGGAUUUUUCAAAGGUAUAACGAUGUAGUACUGUACAAGAAAGAUGAAUACGGAAGAACAACCUUGUCAUAUGCUGCUUACACAGGGUUCGUUUACGGGGUUAAGUGCAUAAUCAAUGAUAAUAAGUCCCGAAACGAAGCCUACAUAAUCGACGAAAAUGGCCUCUUUCCUAUUCAUUGGGCUUGCAGGGGAGGCAAUGUCGAAGUUAUCAAGGAGUUUUUUUCCUGUUUGCCUAAGAACACGAGGUUUAUGCUCAGUAAUAAGGGAUACAACAUACUUCAUGUGGCUGCUGAAGCCGGGAAAACAGAGGUUGCCAAGUACAUCUUACAGCAGCCAGAACUAGAAGUUGAGACGAUGAUCAACAUGAAAGAUGAAGAGGGUAACACUCCCUUGCAUUUGGCUUCUAGGGGGAAACAUCCUAUGGUGGUUUAUGAUUUUACCCGUGAUGAUAGAGUCAAGUUAACUACUCAGAACAAGGCUGGAUUGACUGCUCUAGAUAUUGCUGAGGAUUUUGGAGAUCGAAUUCCUUCAUUUUCUGAGCGGUUGACUUGGUUAUCAUUGAGAAAUGCCGGAGUGCCAAGAGCCCCACAAGUGCACUACUUAAACAUAAACAGAGUUGAGCCACAAGGCCCACAGAACAGCCCCAGUAAUGUAUCACAACUCGUACACAACUACAACAAUAGCCCAACCACUUAUAUGGUACUCAACCAACAAGGAAAUCUAGUAACAAAUCUCCCUAUAAAUAAACGGAAACAUAAGUAUAAGGAAAGAAUUAACACACUUCUAUUGGUAGCCACCCUAGUAGCCACCGUCACCUUCACCUCCGGCUUCACCGUCCCUGGUGGUUAUAACAACAACAAACCUAAUGAAGGGAUGGCUACCCUUGCCCACAAGUGUGCCUUCCAAGUGUUUGUGAUCAGCAACACCAUCGCCAUGUAUACUGCCAUCUUAACAGCAGUGACCCUCAUUUGGGCUCAGCUAGAUGAUCUUAGGCUUGUCCUAUUAUCACUUGACUUUGCGCUACCCUUGCUCGGGACUUCCUUAGCCAUGAUGUCGGUGGCGUUCAUGGCGGGAUUUUAUGUGGUGUUGCAUAGUGUAGCUUUAUGGCUAGGUAUUGUAGUGUUAGUGAUGGGAGGGUUAUUCUUAGGUGCAUUCUUGGUUUUCUUUAUUCCUCUCUAUUCACCAAGGUCUUGCAUUAGGAAUAAGGUAUUGCGUAAUGUUUUCCAUGUUCCUUUCACCCUUAUGUUGUUAGCUUGUGAGAAGGACAAGGGUGAAAAACAUUAAUCCUCGCACCGUUUUAACUUUUUCACUAUUCUCGUAAUUUACUUUGAACCCUAUUUUAUUUCUAGUACAUGAAAAUAAAUGUUAGUAUAUAAUA